GUCAUGACGGCUCCGGUCUCUAAUGGCUGAACAACAACAACUGUCGGCGAGUGACAAACUUUCACAAACUUCUACUGAAACAAAAGAAAGUUGGAAACAGCGGAUUGUUUGGACUGUGUAGCAGUUUAGGCGUGUUUGUUUGUUUAGUUUUCCCCUGUAAUUACAAAUGUGGAAUUACUGAUGGAGUCGAGAUAUGACAUACCGCGGAGGGCCGCCGGUGGCGGCGGGGGUUCCGCGAACUCGUCCCCCGCUCUGGGGGCUCAGUCGCGCCGCAGGAAGAUGCCUCCCAGACCCGCUGAUUUCAAACUUCAAAUAAUCAUUAUUGGCUCCCGUGGUGUCGGUAAAACCAGCAUCAUGGAGAGAUUUACCGACGACACUUUCUGCGAAGCUUGCAAGUCGACCGUAGGAGUUGACUUCAAGAUCAAGACAGUGGAGCUGAGAGGGAAGAAGAUCAGACUACAGAUAUGGGACACUGCUGGCCAGGAGAGGUUCAACAGCAUCACAUCAGCCUACUACAGAGGCGCCAAGGGAAUAGUGCUAGUGUACGACAUUACCAAGCAGGAGACCUUUGAGGACCUGCCCAAAUGGAUGAAAAUGAUAGACAAGUACGCCUCCGAGGAAGCAGAGCUCCUCCUGGUCGGAAACAAGCUCGACUGUGAGAGUGAUCGUAUCAUCUCCAGACAGCAGGGAGAGAGGUUUUCCUCUCGAAUAAGUGGAAUGCGCUUCUGCGAAGCUAGUGCCAAGGAUAAUUUCAAUGUCGAUGAGAUCUUCCUGAAGCUUGUUGAUGACAUCCUUAGCAAGAUGCCUCUGGAAGUUCCCAACAAGGAGCUUUCCAACAGCGUCCUGUCUCUGCAGCCUGAACCGGAAGUGCCUCCGGAGUUGCCGCCUCCCCGCAUGCGCUGUUGCUGAGAGUCGGAGUGGUCCCCCCCCAUUCUACACACACACACACACACACACACACACACACACACACACAGCCCACAUGCAGAGUACCAAUCUGGCCACCAGGGGACAGCAAACAGCAGCAGUUUGGAGUUACUGACUGCUGAUGUAAGAUGCAUGGACUCUGUCAGUAUUAUCUUCCCCUGUUUCUUCUCCUGUUUUGUAACUGUACACUAUGACUUGUACUACACUAACACUUUAGCCUGGUGAAUCACCCACACUUCCUACCACCCCUUCUGUCUACACUUGACCCAGACUACCUCAUUCCUCGGACCGUUAGGCUAGCUGUGCCCCACAGGUGCCUUCGAGGUAGAGAGCCCUCUGGUAGCAGUUGCACAUUUUUAAAAUGAGGGUGAUUACUGAGGGCCUUACAGCUUCAUCACACAUACUGUACACUAAGUUUGACAUUGUCCGAGUUGCCCCGACGGUCUGGUAUCUUUGCAUCAUCUAGCUUACAGAAAAGGGAUAACAAUAUGUUAAAUCUCUUCAGCUUAGUUUAAUUCUGGAUCUAGGUACAGUAGUUUUAUAUUCUUAUUAAUAUUACCAAGUGACGAGUUGACUUGAGGUUAAACAAAAGCACAUGAUGUAAAUAUGGCGUGUUGCUGUAAUGACUGGACAAGGUGCAGAUUUUUGUUGCCAGCAGUAGGCGGUUGUGUGGUGGUGGAUCAUAUCAGUUUGUAUUCCUUUGCCUUAAAGUGUUAAAGUGGCUGGAAAAUGCGGCUCAUUUCACAUUUGUAUAAAUUGUAAUGUUUUGCACUACAAUCCAUCUUACCUAUCUAAGCUGACAUGCAUAAAAAAAGGAAAGACUCUUAGUUUAGUGAAGGUCAGUGUUGCCUCGGUAGUGGCCGCUCUGAACUCCUCCACACCCUGUUGAAGUGGGACGGAGAUGCAAGGAGAGAUGGGUAAUGUAGUCUUUGAGGGACUGGUGUUUUCACAGGGGCAUUCUCUGUGUGUGUUACUGGCUUUUUAGAGAGGACGCAGCCAGUAGACAUGCAUGGUUUUUAGCCUUUGUUUCGUUACUAAUAUUGUAUUUUUUUGUUUUUCUUCUGAAUUCAGAAAAUGGCUUAGAGAAGAAUGUUUGAGUCUCCAUUUUUGGGGCAGAUCAGCUCAUAUCUGCUCAUUUUGACUUGAUUUGAGUUUCUUAACAAAUUGAUAAAGAAUCAUAUUCAUUUCAGAUCCUGCUUGAAGGGAAUAUUUGUGUUUUGAAAAAAGAGGUCAGCAGUUUUUAAAUCAUAAUUUGGCAGUUUGUUACAGAUCAGUAUGGAUGUACCACAUUGCUUGUACAUUUUCAAAAAUACUAGGCUGUGCAUGUGAAGCCCUCCUCCUCCUUUAUAGAUAUUAAUAAACAUUCAAUUCUUCCGUCUUUAUUUGUUAAAUUAAUGCAGUAUUGUAGCACUGUGAGUUUUUCUGUUUUGUUUCUACAUGUUGAAGGAAAACUCUGAGACCGAGGAAGGACGAGCCCAUUCAAAGGACCUGAUUUAAAAUUACCUAAACUGACUUGCUUUUAGUUCAUUUGAUUUUUUGUUGUUGAAGUUUUAUAUUGAAGUCAAGCUUCUGUGGACUUAAACUGACACAUUAUAUGUUCUAUCAAAUGGAUAGUUUCAUACCAAAACAAAAAAUUGUGAGACCUUUGCUAACCAAAAGGUCACAAGCACAUUUUGCAAUAAGAUUAUCAGCCAGCAAACAACCACACAAAUUAUCCCGCGACUUUAUCACGUUUGGAAACUUCUUUUUGAUAUCGUUUUGUGGAAUGAAACCUUUCAUUUGUCCCCCGCCCUGACUUUUAGCAUUCGGCACUAACCCUGUGGUCUUUCUUUUAAUAGCCAAGCCUUAUACUACUCAGUGUUUUAAAAUAUACAUUUUAAGAAAUGCUUUUAUUUGAAAUGUGUAUCAUUAAAGAUGGAAGACUCUACUUUGUAUGUUACAAGUCUUUGAAAAGUUUUGGCAUGUUUAAAGCAGAUUUGUGGUAUUUAUAACUUGUGGCAUUCUUGAACUAAUGAAAUGCAAUUAAAGAUAUCUAUAUUUAUUACCA